UUUUUAUCACUUGGCUUUUAAAAAACUUUAUUUUUAUUCAGUGUUGUUAAAAUAAACAACGUCGUUUGUUAUUUAAGCGCAAGAAAGCGAACUUUUUUCUUAGUUUCCGCCUCGUUGUUGUUCUCUGACUCAUUCUCAGUGAAAUGGCGUGUGCAAAAGUGCCUUUAGAUGAACUGCAUGUGACUGAACCCUUUGGACCACAAGGCAAAGAACGCACCCUGCCAGCACUGCACCCGGACCGUAAAGAAGAGAGAUGUUUCUUAAGCUAUAAACCCCCGCCCGAGGAUGGCACAGCGGCGCUGCUGGAGGAGUUUCUGGAGAACGCUCAGUUCAUCUCCGAGGAUCUGGAGUGGCUGCUGGCUUUACCUCAUGACAAAUUCUGGUGUCAGGUGGUGUUUGAUGAGUCAUUACAGAGGUGUUUGGACUCUUAUUUGAGACACGCUCCGCGUGGUUUGGACCCAUCUGGUCUCUCAUCUAGUCCAGCUGUGGCUGACAUGCAGAGGAACAUUCAUCGCUCUGUGUUCAUGGUCUUCCUCAGGAUGGCUACGCACAAAGAGUCUAAGGAGAACUUCAUUACCCCUGCAGUGUUUGCAGAGAUCAUUUACAACAACUACCUAUUUGACAUUCCCAAAAUUCUGGAUGUGUGUGUGCUGUUUGGGAAAGGGAAUUCCCAACUGCUACAUAAAAUGAUCGAGAACAUUUUUACUCAACAGCCCAGUUAUUAUGCAGACCUAAAUGAGACUAUACCUUCAAUCAGCCAGGUGUUUGAUACGAUAUUACAGAUGUGUGGUAUUCAGUCAGAGGACACAGGAACUGGUCAACCCCUCAAACUCAAUGCAAACAAAUGCCAAACUGCCAUGACCAUGCCAGAGGAGGAGCUUGCAGACUUACUGCUGUACAUUUGUGAUACUUGCACUACUAUCCACUCUUUCCUGGACAUCUUCCCUGAAGCUUGUUCUACCUUCAAAGAACACAACUUUCUUAACAGACUAUCGUCAUUCUAUGAGAUGGCAGUUCCUGACCUGGAGAAAGCAGUGAAGAAGAGAAAUUUCAAUAAAAGUUUACAGGAGGACAUGUGGAGACGAAUAUCCCAUUCAAGAAAGAAAAUGGUAGAGAUUGCUCACCUGCUGCUCCAACACACCUGUUUACAGCCCAUACUGGAGGGCACUGAAAGCAUGGCAUCCUGUGUAGAUGAUCUUCUACAGAACUUCACAGCUUUCCUUCAAGAGAAAAGAUUCCUGGCAGAUUAUGAUGAACAGUUCUCUAUAGCAGAUGACAUCAGUCUCCUUCAGCAGGCCUUCCCUCAUUUAGACGACACCAGGACGUCUUACCUUUUGCAGGGUGUAGAGUCUGCUUGGGAGUGUGUGGGGAAAAAGAGAAGCUUCCCCUCAUCAGCCAAUCACAGCGCAGGAGCCAAAAGCAAGACUGGCAGAGAUUUAGCAGCUUCCCAGAAGGAAGGAGCAGGAGUGUUGGGAGACAGAGACGAGUUGAUAGGAGCGGAAGCUAUGACUGAUGUUCCCUGUAAGGGUGACAACGGGGCAGUGUGCACAGUGAGCGCUGGAGAACUGGAGUCUCUGCUGUGCCAUAUCCGAGACCUGCUUCCGGACUUGGGAGAGGGAUUCAUACUGGCAUGUUUGGAGGAGUAUGGCUACAAUUCUGAACUUGUCAUUAACAACGUCCUGGAAGAUAAACUGUCUCCUUCUCUUGACAAACUGGACAGGGCAAUGGCAAGGCCUGCAAAGAAAGAGCUUCCCUCAGUUUUGAGCACCAGAUCAAACGCGUUUGACGAUGAUGAGUUUGACGUGUUCAACCGGGACCAACUGGACAUGAGUCGCAUUUGGAAAGGCCGGAGACAGAGGGAGAGUGUGCGUGCCACGCUCGAUGACAAGCAGCACAUAGAAGAGCAGAGAGAGAGAUAUCAAGCCUACCAGACAGUGGUGGAUGAGAUUCCCAUAGAAAAUGACCCCUCCAGAGACCGCGAUAAUGCUUUUGGCACAUAUGAUUAUGAUGACGAAUAUGACGACACGUAUGAUGUCAACCAAAUAGGAGCCAAUGAUCUGGAUGAAGAGGAUGAACUAUUGAACCGCAGGCCGUUUACUACCCCACAAGUUCUCAGAAAAGGCAAACAGGCUCAGGAGGAUGACGCAGAUGAGGAUGAGGAGGAAGAGGACAAGAAUGAGGCUGUGAAGAAGGAUCACUUCGUCCAGGACCCAGCAGUCCUCAGAGAGAGAGCUGAGGCCAGGAGAGCUGCUAUGCAAAGCAGGAAAGGCUACAGACCACCACCAGCAAGUCAUGUGGUAGGUGGGCCGAGGGGGCGGGGCCAGAUGCAGGACACCGUUUUGGACCGUCGCAGAAAAGAAGCGAAUAAGAGCAGAGGAGCCAAUCACAAUCGCAGAACGAUGGCUGACAGGAAGAGGAACAAGGGCAUGAUCCCUUCCUAAGACUUUUACUUGAACAACAGCACAUUGCAGAGUUCUUGGAGAGCUAAAAGCAAAAACAGUACCUGAGGUUAAAUGUAGCUCCUCGUUUACAGAAGAUCGAUACGCAUCGAGAUGACACUCUGGUCUAUUACACAGAGCUGUCACUCUUCCAGAAUAAAAAUGAGUUCUCAUUGAGUUUAUUUUCUGAAAUAUGAAUCAACAGGCUGAGUUGGAGUUUGAAGUGCUUAGUAAAAUGCACAGGGAUUUUUGUCUGUAAGGGAUCAAGAUAAUCAUCUAUUUUUUUUUUUAAUGUUCUUUUUCUUAGUGAUAGUCAGGAUAAUGUAUAACAAGAAAACAGUUUUGUAAGGUAAAGGAGUCAUGUCUUUUGCCCUGUAACACACAAGUUUAUUGAACAGUUAUUGCACUGUUAAAGAAAGUUCAAUAAAUAAAUCAAGGAACAUCAGGUUUGAGAAUGUAGCAUCUAAGAUAAAUCUGAGUAUGAACUUAAAAGAUGUGGUACGUUACAUGAUCAAAGCAAAAAUACAGCUCAUAACAUCCUGUUCCAGUUCUUUAAAGGUUUAAAAAGCGAUUAAGACUUGACCUCAGAGCAGUCUUCUGAGAAACCUCCCCGUUUGAGUCAUUUUGUGCCAAAGGCUGUGAGCAUUCAUCAUUCUAGCAGAGAGAGACACAUAAUUUUUCCUCAUAUAGACUUUGAAAAGGCAAUGUUCUCUUGCCAUGUAGGGUAACAUAUUUCUACUUACUAGGAUAAAUUCAAAGCCUUUUGUAAUAGAAAGCAUAUUUAAGAAAGCUUUUGAAUGAAAACAAGCCUUUGGAAGAUAAAACAAGAAUAAAUGCUGUUCUAAAGGA